CAAUUACAGGAAGAAGGUGGUGCGUAGAGUAAAGAAACUGAACCCGUUGACCAACACACGGGCUAUGCUGCGUCUCAAUCCAUAUGCUGCAGUUCUGAAACGCGCUGCCAUUCUGACUGCUCAAAAACGUCAGCAUGAAAAGGAUUUGCUUCUCGCUGAAAAACGAGGCAUAAAGUUGUCAAAGAAACCGUCGACGACGAAGACCAUCGCGCUUUUGAAAAGAAGAAAAGAGCAAUUGGCUAAAUACAAGGCAACCGUGAAAAAGACCUCGAAAGCUAAAAUUGACAAAGAUACUACGAAAACCGCUGCGCCUACCAAGCAGCCAACUAAAAAGUAAACAACAAGCGUUGGUAACGUCAACACUGUUGUAACUCAUAAUUUUAUCAGUCUUUAAAUAAAAGGCGAAAAAUUAUAACUAA